GAAGCUAUUCCAGUGAAAAGUCCAAAGGGUACUACGUUAAUACCUCAACGUGUAAAGUUCCCCAUGUAGAUCUCUUUGGAAUAGAAGUUAAGGCGAUCUGGCAUUCACGGACUGCCAAACAAUGCACAGAUAAGCAAGAUCUGAUAACAAGAGCUUACGAUUCCAAACGCCACCAAUAUGUAAUGUAUGUGAACGAAGGCGUUGGAAGGAAGGCAGACCCUCAGAUGAUGUAUGACAAAUCGAAAAACAAUCACUACAAAUGCACUUAUAGAAGCAUUAAGCGAGCAGGGGAGGACAGUGGGGCGGACAUGAAUUACACACUAAGCGUAGAUACUCCUUUCAAGAGCGAAUACUAUGUGCCGACAGAUGUGGAGGGAAUGAUUGUAAAAUGUGAGACUAUCACUGGUCAGCUAUUACAAGAAGAUGCCUUUUCUUUUGUUCAGUCUCAGCCCGAAAUGACGCAGUUACCGUUGCCGUUAAAAGCGCAGCGACUGUUGCAAUCACCUUUAAAGUCACUGCCACAGCCGCCGCGCAAGCCCAACGUCAUAAUGCUGGGCAUUGACAGUCUCUCGCGCAUUAAUUUCCGGCGGACUAUGCCCAACAUGCUGCGGUAUGUGCAGCGGUCUGGUUGGUUUGAAAUGCAGGGCUACAACAAAGUGAGUGACAAUACUUUUCCGAAUCUCCUCGCCCUGCUUACGGGUUACACUCCGGAGAGGACCGAAUCUGAAAUUUGCAAUUUAAAAUCGGUGGGCUGUCUCGACAAGCUGCCCUUCAUGUGGCAGCUUUACAAGAAGGCCGGCUAUGUGACAGCCUAUGCCGAGGAUAUGAGCUACAUAAACACAUUUGACGAUGAUUUCUUUGGUUUUCUGCAGCAGCCUGUAGACCACUACUUGCGUCCAUUUUACUUGGCUAUUGAGAAAAACUUGCCAAUUGUGGAGCGAUUUUAUCGAUAUAACUGCAUUGGGAGGCGUUUUAAUGUGGAUUAUAUUUAUGAUUAUUGCCAGCAGUGCUUCGAGCAUUACAAGAACAGCACGAAUCCCCUAUUUGGCCUGUUUUGGACCUCCAGCGUUACGCAUGACAUUUUUGAAGCGGCACAAACGCUGGAACCCACAUUACUAGAUUAUAUGGAGCGGUUUGAGAAAAUAGGUCUAUUCGAAGAAUCAAUUGUUAUUUUCUUCAGUGAUCACGGCAUGCGUUAUGGUCCAUUACGCGCACUACCUCAGGGUUUUUUAGAGGAACGGUUGCCAAUACUGUUUAUAUGGCUACCCGUCUGGUUUCGACAACAACAUCCGGAGAUAGUGAAGGCAUUACGUGCGAAUAGAAAUCGCUUGUCAUCGACCUUUGAUUUGCACAUAACACUGCAGCAUAUUCUACAGUUGGGCGAAGGAAAACCAAUGCCGUUGGUCCUGCCAAAGGACUGUCCCCAUUGUCAAACACUCUUCAGACCUCUAGCAGAGAAUCGUACAUGUAUGGAUGCUGGGAUAUCUGAUCACUAUUGCACAUGCGAUCCCUAUGAGACAUUGACUUUGUUUGAGGCAAGGAAGUUGCCAAUAGCUCAGCAAAUAAUCGAUCAAAUUAAUAAUUAUUUGCACACCAAAUUAAGGCAAUAUCCUUGUAGCAACUUGACCUUAAACAGAAUUAAGCAUGCCGAAGCUCGAUCCAAAAACCAUCAGACAUCAGAUGGAAAUUUAUAUCAUUUUCAUUUCUUUGCUAAUCCGAAAGAUGCAGAAUUUUCGGCCACUGUUCGUUACAAUAGUGCUAAGAAAAAGAUUGAAGGAUUGAGGGUAGAGUCGAUCAGUCGCCUGAAUCGAUACACCGAUGUAACAGAGUGUAUACGAGAUAAAAAUGGUAAAAAGUUUUGUAUCUGUUUGGAGUAG